AUGGCACCAUUGAAAGACUUAUUGAACCAUGACGAAAGCUCUGGGUAUCUAUCUUCCCCUCCCAGCGAGGAUGAACGGAAGUACUGGGCAAGAUCGAGCCGCAGCGACAGCGAAUCUUGCCCAUCAGAAGCCUCCUAUAGUGAGAACGACUCGAAUGGAGGACUUGUCUGUGACUGGGAGAGCUGCGGACAGAAGUUUCCUCAACCAGAGCUGAUGUAUCACCAUCUGUGCAAUGACCAUGUUGGUCGCAAGUCUCAAAAAAAUCUGCAGCUGAACUGUCACUGGGGCCAGUGUACCGCAAAGACGGUAAAGAGAGACCAUAUAACGUCCCAUUUGAGGGUCCAUGUGCCGCUCAAGCCGUUCGCAUGCUCUACAUGUAGGAAACAAUUUAAGAGGCCCCAGGAUCUUAAGAAACAUUUGAAAGUGCAUCUCGACGACGAGACCGUGAUCAAACGUAGGCGGGGUCCUAAGCCUAACUCCAAGAAAGUCGUCAAGUCUGAUGUCAAUACAGCACCCAAGUUGCCAUCGAUUACGUUUGAGAAAUUUUUGGCUGACGAGAUGCACCAUUACAAACCUUACUACACUCCGCAGCUGGGAGAACGUCUCCAAGUCAUGAUGGCCCCACCCCCUGCUCUUGUGGGUAGCAAUAAUCUUGAUCCGAGACAAACUCCUUUCCGCUCAGUCCCACCUGCUCCACAACAGCUGCAAUCCUCAUUCAACCUAUCACCCCAUUCUGCUCCUCAAGAUAUCAGAGUUGCAGCUGGGUUCUUCUCUACUCUAUCGCAGGACAUGAAUAGAAGACUUCCACGUUUGCCCCAGCUCAACACAGUUCGUUCUUCGACUCCAGUGUCACCUCUAACUCCUGCGUCCAUUCCUUCGAGAUAUCCUCCAGUGCUCCAACUGCCACCAAUUCACGCUGGUGGCCCAUACAACAACAAUAACAUGCAAUCUUGUGCAUACCCAAGUGUACCAUUCGUGUCAUCUCGGAUAGAUUCCCCUGCGAGGUUGCCCCAUCUGCGUCCUAAUGACGCCUUUAGCAUGCACCAAAAGAACUCUGGAACUGCUGUUCAAGAUGAUGACACGCGGGAUCACAUUGAAAAUUUGCUAGCUGGUUUGAAUCUGGAGGGCACUGAGCAGGAAGAUUUCCUCGAUGUUCUGACGAAGGUUAAUGCCAUCAAAGACUUUUUGAUUUGUACCAUGUUAGAGGACGAAUACGACACUGAAGAAGAGUCGGUAAAAUGCAAUGCUGCGGAUCUCACAUCUGUGGAUAACUCAUCUAGUGAAAGGCUGGAUGCUGCAAAGCAGUUGUCGAAAUACCCAACGGUUGUUGUUUAA